UGUGCAGGUAAAAUGGUCGGUCUUCAUUGGCUCCCCUGGAUUAAUAAUUCAAGAUCUGGAUCAAUCACAAUCACUUCAACCAAGCAGGAGCAGGACAUGUCUCCAGCUUGCCUCUGCAUCAGAAAAAACACAACGUGUCACCACGUCUGUCGGAUCGUCGCUCUCUCCACACUCUUCUUGUGUCUGUUUGUGACCUGUGUAUCACUUUCUGUCCUGUAUAACAGUGAGCCAGACGGUAAACCAGAAAAGAAAAGCCGCAUCUUUGAGUACCAGAACGUCACUGACAGCCUCCAGGCUCUCACUAAAACAAACACAGAGCUGAGGAGAGAGACUGAAACUCUGAAGGAGCAGACCAGACUCCUCAACAGGACUUCAGCCAAACUGCUCUCAGUUAAUCUCGCUUUGAGUUUGGAGAGCGCCGAGUUAGCACAGAGUACCUCUAAUCUGACUUCUGCAAAUUUACAACUCACACAAGAGCUGGAGCGACAGGUCCAGAUCACCUCUGAGCACGAGGACAAGGAGCUGAACAUGACUCGAACCAUCAAACACCUGAAAGAGUCCAACACCCAGCAAGAGGAGGAGAGACGGCGACUGUCUGAGACGACCGGCCUCCUGAGAGACGAGCUGCUCCAGGUGAAGAGAGAGAAUCAGGAGCUUCUGGAGAUCAACGACAAGUUUCACAUAGAAGUUAAAAACCUGAGUGAGAAGCUGGAGGCUUUGUUGAAUGACGGCUGUGAGGAGCUGAACGUGCAGCUUCAGGAGAGAGUGACGGAGCUGCGAGAACAGAAGCAGAACCUGAGCAGGGUGUUGAUGGAGGAGAGGGAGGAGGCUGCAGAACGAGAGGAGAGAAGGAGAGAACAGGGGGAUAGAAUGACGGAGGAGGUGAGGUCGCUGCAGGAGGCCUAUCACUCCCUGGACCUCUACUGCCCCGUGGUUAAUCACGAGACCAACGAGCGAAGCUGUAAAAGGUGUCCGGACAGCUGGAGACACUUUGACUCAAAGUGUUACUACUUCUCCCCUCACACUCUCACCUGGAGCUCCAGCAGAGCCUGGUGCCAAACACAAGGGGGCGACCUUCUCAUCAUCAACAGUGAAGAAGAACAGAGUUUCAUCUUUGAGAGCAGCCGGGCAGUGCAGCAGAGUGGCUCCAGGUUGUGGAUUGGGAUGACGGACGCUGAGGUGGAGGGUGACUGGAGCUGGGUGGACGGCGGAUCGCUUUCUUCAGACGUACAGUUCUGGCUCAGCAGACCAGGAGUAGGAACUGAGCCCGAUGACUGGAAGCAGGACGACCCUUCAGGAGAAGACUGCGGACACAUAGACACCACCGAGGACACACACACGUCGUGGAUGGACGGCUCCUGUAGGAUUCCUUACAGAUGGAUCUGUGAGAAGAGCGUUUAGUUUUGUCCUUUAACAUUUUUUUUUCAUAUUGUAUAUAAAAACAGAUUAUCUGAAGUUUCCCUCACUGUGACAGUUACAGAUCUAAGACCACAGGAGUUGUUCAUUUCUUACUUUUUUAUUUACAUCUACAAACAACUUGAGCAGACUUCUUUUUGUUGAUACAGUUCAUAACAAAGUUGAUUCAAAAUCCUUCAAUAAAAACAAAUAAGACAUCAA